GUUCGCUGAUCCAAUGGUCAGGAUCUGCGUUUCCAAAUCGAUCGCCGAGCAAAGCAAUAGGACGGGAGAUGAAUGGGAGUCGUAGCUACUACCCGAGUUUACCCUUUCUUCCGCGCCGAUCCGUUCGCCUGCCCGGCCGAGACGAAGAGAUCUCGGAUUCACCGGAAACCGGGGUCGCCAUUGCCAAUCUCCGCUUGUGCUCUUAUCGCCUUCUGUCGCCGAGACCCCAUUCGAGGUUCCAUGUCCUUUUUCUUCCCUCGAAAAUGAGUUCAUUUGAGUUAGUUAUAUCUAUGAUAGAGGGAAGGAUAAGGCCAACUUCAAAGACAGAAGCACAUCCCUACAUCAGUAAACUCGAUGAAGCUUCUGCUUAUUUGGCUUGGGUGAGCUGUUGAAAUGCUUUUGGCUGUGGAAGGAGGAGGGUUCUUUUCUUCUUCUGCAUCAGGGUAUAGCAGUGGUCUUGCCCUUCUGAUUUUUGGCCGGAGAAAUGAUGAACAGCCCAUAAAAGUUUCACCAUGGAGUCACUACCAGUUGGUGGAGCAAGAAUUUGAGCCAGAAUCUCAGCUGGCUUCUAGGAAAAAGCAAAAUUCUCAGGGAUGCACUUCCUUCAUAUGUUUCAAGUGUGCUUGCGCACAACUCGAUGGAGAAUCUCCUAGUAAAGUUGGUCUGGUUAACCAUUCUGAAACUUUAUCGGAUUCAUCAUGUUCUGACAGGAGCAAGGUACUAAUCAAUGAUGCUGCCACUGUGAGCGAGAGGAAGCCAUGCCUCAAGAGUAAUCUAAAGAAGCUUUCUAGAGAUUGUUCAACAGCGUAUGAAGGUGAUGAUCCCCAUGAAUUUUUGGAAGGAGUGGAAAAUGAAACAUCUUGUUGCACCGUAGGUAGGAAAGUUCAGUGGACAGAUAAAUGUGGCAAAGAGCUGGUAGAGAUAAGAGAAUUUGAGCUCAGCGAUGAUGGUCUAUCAGAUGAGGAAUUCAAGCAUGAAAAAGUCAGAAGAUGUGAAUGUGUAAUCCAGUAGAAUUUAUAAAUGCACAGAUAGAUGCAAAGACCCAAGCAGAUCAGAUCGGAGAAGCACGGUAAUAUUUUGGUGACCUCCGGAAGCUCUGAUUUAAUGGGCUGGUAUCAACCGGUCAACAACUCCAUUACAACCGAAAAAAAGCUUCUUUGGAGGACUUCCUUGGGACAUUUUUGUGUAUCAUUUUAUUUGUUUCGGCCGCCAUGUCUGCUUGUCCUGAUUCCUUCCAGGAUAUUUUUGGCUUUGGCAAUCUGGGCUCAUCCUGUUUGCCUUGUCCGUACCGUAAUCUUCGUAUAGUGCUUCUGUGUUUAAACAUUAUGUUGUUUAUUGCUGUAUCAAACAAAGUGAACAUUUGUGUCUAAAUAGAUUCUGCCCCCCUGCAUCUAUCUUUGUAUUCGUGAUGCCUGCGAGGUAAUCAACAAAAGGUUACUUUCA